CACCCCAAAGACCAGAGAAACCAAGGAUUGGGCACAUGGCCUUGGCCUUGGCCUUGAUUUCCUAGGUGCCCUUUUCUCCAUCCCUCUGAGGGCUUCUAACUGGCCACAGCAACACCAGCACCCCAAAAGGCUCCAAUUACUCCUCCCUCAGUCCCCACUUUCCCUCCCCCAAAACCCAAAACCCAUCACCCCAAAAGCCGCGAGUCAGCCUGUCUGCAACCCAGCAGCAUCGCCGGUAUCCCGGCCACCUCCGCCGGCGAGCUCCACUUAAAUGCCAGCUCGCCACGGCCGUCGCCGCCGCCGCCACCUCCGGUGGAAGAAGACGACGAAUAUUACCUACCAGUAUACUAAUUAAGUUUUAGCUUUGUAGAGGACGGAGGGAAAAAGGCGACCUUUUUUCUGUGCUUUUGUCUUGUUUCAGAUGGCCGCGGCCAACGUGCCGACGGCGGAGGUGGAGACGCCGGCAGCGGCGGAGGAGGAGGACGCGGCCGCAAGGGCCGCGAGGAAGCGGUACGAGGGGUUGUUGAUGGUGAGGGCCAAGGCGGUGAAAGGGAAGGGGGCGUGGUACUGGGCUCACCUGGAGCCCAUCCUCGUCCACUCCCCCGACUCCCCCGGCGUCCCCAAGGCCGUCAAGCUCCGCUGCUCCCUCUGCGCCACACUUUUCUCCGCCUCGAACCCCUCCCGUACCGCCUCCGAACACCUUAAGCGCGGCACCUGCCCCAACUUCUCCUCCCUUCCCUCCUCCUCCGCUGCCGCCGCCUCCGCCGCCGUUCCCACUCCCAUCUCCACCCUCCCCCCCACCCCUCGCAAGCGCGCCGCCGGCCCCUCGUCCUCCUACCACGUCUCUCCCCUCGCCCUCGCCGACCCGGCGGCGCCGCCACCGCCGGCGCUGCCGGCCCCGACCGCCCCUCUCGUCCUCUCCGGCGGGAGGGAGGACCUGGGUGCCCUGGCGAUGCUGGAGGACAGCGUGAAGCGGCUCAAGAGCCCGAAGGCCUCCCCGGGGCCGCCCCUCCCCAAGCCCCAGGCCGACGCCGCCCUCUCCCUCCUCGCCGACUGGCUCCUCGAGUCCCUCCCCACCGUCUCCCCCUCCGCCCUCGCCCACCCAAAGUUCCGAUCUUUCCUCCACCAAAUCGGCCUCCCCACCUUCUCCCCCCGCCGCCUUGCCCUCCCCCGUCUCCACGCCCGCCACCGCGACGCCCGCGCCGAAGCCGACGCCCGCCUUCGUGACGCCCUCUUCUUCCAGAUCUCCUCCGGCGGCUGGAAGUCGCCGUCGAGCCCCACCACCUCCUCCGACCACGCCCUCGUCAGCCUCGCCGUCAACCUCCCCAAUGGCACCACUGUCUUCCACCGCGCCGAGCUCGUCACCGGCGGGGCGCCCCCUGGCUAUGCCGAGGAGGUCCUCUGGGACGCCGUCGCCAGCCUCUCCGGCGGCCUCAUGCAUCGCUGCGUCGGCAUCGUCGCCGACCGCUUCAAGUCCACUGCUCUGCGAAGCCUCGAGAGCGAGCACCAUUGGAUGGUGAACCUCUACUGCCAGUUCCAGGGCUUCCACAGCCUCAUCAAGGACUUCGCCCGCGAGCUCCCCCUCUUCCAGCGCGUCACAGCCAACUGCUCGAAGCUCGCUAACUUCUUCAACACUCACUCCCAGUCCAGAAGCAUCUUCCACAAGCACCAGCUUCAGGAGCUCGAUCAAGCUCGCCUUAUAAGAAGCACUUCCCAUAAUGGCGAUGCUGUACGUAACUUUGCCGCCAUAUUUGCAUUGCUGGAGGAUGUAAUGGGCUUCGUUCAUCCUCUCCAAUUGGCGGUCCUCGACGAGGAAUAUAAGUCGUGUCUUGAGGUGCCAAUUGCUCGGGAAUUGGCAGAGAUGAUUCAGGAUACGAGCUUCUGGACUGAGUUGGAGGCUGUUUGCUCGGUUGUUAAGUUAGUCAAGGAUAUGGCUCAGGAAAUGGAGGCCGAGCGGCCAUUGGUUGGGCAAUGCCUGCCGCUGUGGGAUGAGCUAAAAACGAAGGUGAAGGAGUGGUGCUCGAAAUACAGUAUAGAGGUUGGGCCUGUAGAGGAGGUGAUUGAGAGGAGGUUCAAGAAGAACUACCACCCGGCAUGGGCGGCGGCAUUCGUAUUGGAUCCUCUAUAUUUGGUGAAGGACACGAGUGGGAAGUACCUCCCGCCUUUCAAGUUCUUGACGCCUGAUCAGGAGAAGGAUGUGGACAGGCUGAUCACAAGGCUGGUGCUGCGAGAGGAAGCCCACAUUGCUCUUAUGGAGCUGAUGAAGUGGAGGUCAGAGGGAUUGGACCCUCUGUAUGCACAGGCUGUACAGGAGAAGCAGCUCGAUCCAUCCACGGGGAAGAUGAGGCUAGCUAACCCGCAGAGCAGUAGACUGGUAUGGGAGACUUGCUUGAGUGACUUCAAGUCCCUUGGGAAGGUGGCUGUGAGGCUUAUCUUUCUGCAUGCCACCUCGUGUGGAUUCAAGGGCAGCCUGGCACUGCUCCAGAGGAUGUAUACACAUGGGCGAUCGAGUACUGGCAUGGACCGGGCUCAAAAGAUGCUUUUUGUCCAAGCCCAUUCGAAGUUCGAGAGGAGGGACUUCUCCAGUGAGGAGGAGAAGGAUGCAGAUUUCCUUGCCGGUGGUGAGGAGGAUGUGCUCAAUGAGGCCUUUGUCGAUGUCCCAUCAGUGGGCUCUGAAAGCCCUCCAAAGCAGAUGGUGCUGUUAGCUGUUUUGAAGGUGGACAACUUGAAAAAGGAAGUUGGAGAAAUGACUCAAGGUUUGGUGUGGAUGUGAAGCUCCCAAGCUGAAGGAGCAUGAGAU